CUCCGUUCAAAUAGUCACGUGCCUGUAAGACGAAGAAGACGCAGAGGUUUCUCUCAUCUCGGCAUCGAAGGAAGCAGAGACCACAGUAUGACUGACUUGAUCAAUAAGACGGUGGUGGGGGCCACAGCAAUAGUCUUCAUUUAUCUCCUGUUCCACUGUGCGACACUGCAUUACACCUUUCGAAACGUUCUCUUCUGCUUCGACAAGUACAAGGUGAACCGGUACACCAACAACCAGGCCGCAGAUGUCUACCGCAGCAGCAUGACCUUUUAUACCAUUCGAAGCCUGCUCAAUGUCAUCAACGUGUUUGCCGACGUCAACGCCCUCACCGCCCUUCUAAUGACAUUCGUCAAUGGCGCCAUAAGAUCUCGAAGCCGGUGCCUACUCGUGAGGUGCUGUUGUGACGUGCGUGACUCGUUGGCCAUGUACCUCGGCUGCUCGGUGGUGCUGACAGUGAUCUCGUGUUUCUGCCGCAAGGUCGAGACUUUCUUGAUGGUCGUGUCUCCCUACGACACGGUCGGCUGCUGCGGGGUAAAGGAGCUGGUGUAUCUCAAGGGGCGACUGGACAACCCAGAAUACAGCGCGAACGCGGUAUCACGAUUCGUCGGUUUCUCCAUCAUCGACGCCCUGUUGACUGGAUUCAAGGGCAUACUAAUGGUGCGCCUCUUCGAGCAUUACGACGACCUGAGCCGGAUGAUGAACCUAAUGGCGCAGCUCGAGAAGCAGAAACAGCAUGCUGCUGCAGUGCCCGCCAUCGCGCGGCCGGCGACCACUGUGGAGGCACCCAAGUCCGCGACUACCUGACACCGGGUAUCCGCCACCUUUGCAGGGACGACCUCUACACCGCUAAAGCGCGUCCUCACGCCACCCGUUUUUCUGCCAAGUCACGUUUGCGAAUAUACGGGUUCAGUUUUGUCGAUACUACAUUCAAUAAACCACCUUUCAUGUCCUAA